CAUGUUGUCGGGUUGAAUCUCAAAUCUGUUGCCCCAGUUUGCUCACUUUUCUCGGAUAAUAAGUUCUCUUAGAGCCGCUGACAGGUGUCAAAGUUCCAGGAUGUCCAGCGUUUCCUACUAUAUCUCCAACCUGCUGGAGAAAAUGACAUCCACUGACAAAGACUUUAGGUUCAUGGCCACUAAUGACCUGAUGCUAGAGCUGCAGAAGGACAGCAUAAAGCUGGAUGAAGACAGUGAGAGGAAAGUGGUGACGAUGCUGCUCAAACUGCUGGAGGACAAGAACGGGGAGGUGCAGAACCUGGCAGUGAAAUGCCUGGCCCCUCUGGUGAGCAAAGUGAAGGAGCCUCAGAAUGAUGAGGAUCAAUAG